AUGGAAGACACAAUCAAGAACGAGAUCCUUAUCGUUGGAGGAGGGCCUACGGGCCUCUUGCUCGCCUAUGAGCUCCUUCGCCGACAAGUUCCUGUGCGGAUCAUCGAGAAACGACAGGGUCCGUCGCAUACGACAAGGGCCAUGACCUUGCAUGCGCGGACCCUGGAGAUGCUUGAUCAUAUGGGAAUGGCACACAGACUGGAGCAGGUCUGUCUGGAAUGCCCAGGAAACCUGUAUCACUUUCCAGGACUCAGCGAAGACGAAUGGCCUCGAACAGAUUACCGAGUACUACCGACGCGAUAUCCUUUCUACUACAAGAUCAGUCAGGAAAAUGUCGAGUUGGUGCUGCGGGAGCAACUGUUCGCGAAUUACUCCAUUGGCCCAGAAUAUCGUACGGAGCUAGUGGCCCUGGAGCAAGACGAGCACAAGUCAGUAACGGCUACUAUUCGGCACCCAGAUGGCAGCAUCGAGAAGGCCUCCUAUCCCUAUGUGAUAGGAUGUGAUGGUGUCCACAGUUUUGUCCGGAAGGCAGCAGAUAUCAAGUUCGAGGGCGAGACCGUCGCCGUGAUGUCAAUGAUGGACGUGGAACUCAGCAACGUCACUUUUGAUGACCGAUGGAUGAACUACUAUUUCAACAAGGACCUCUUUAUGAACUGCACCAAGAUGCCCGGGAAGUACUGGCGCAUCUAUAUGAGUGAACCGACCGGGAAAUACGUCUUCGACAAGGACCCGCAAAAAGCAUACCAGGAAGUCGCAGACAAACUGGGUGUUGGAUUCAAGGUGGGAAAACCGGAUUGGGUGACGGCCUGGGAUGUCCGCAACCAUAUGGCGGAGCGGUAUCGUGCUGGGCGAUUGAUCAUCUGUGGUGACGCCUCUCAUGUCCACUCCCCAAGUGGUGGACAAGGAAUGAACUGUACGAUGCAGGACGCAUUCAAUCUGGGUUGGAAGCUGGCUGCUGUCUUCAAAGGGGAAGCAGAUGAUUCUAUUCUCAACACGUAUGAGAAGGAGCGGAAACCAAUUGGUAGCCAGGUCACCGAAGGCGCACUCGCAACACAUCACAUAGUCAUGGGAUUCGGUGUCGAGCCCGAGGACCGUCUCCAUCUCACCAAGGAACCAGGCUGGGAGGAACGCACCAUCAAACUCGUAUCCGGUCUGUCACACAAUUACUGUGAUGUGACUGUCCUUCCUGAAGGCUUGACUCCAGUUAGCGGUCCCAAACCGGGCGAACGCGCUCCAGAUGCGUUGCUUGUGAGGGAACCCAAAAGACGCUUAUAUGACGCCCUGCGUCGACCGCAGUUCACGGUUCUCGUGGCCCCUGGUACAGCGAACCCGGACAGUGUCAUCGACAUCGGGACAUCAGUUCGUGAUAAACUGAACAAGCUAUAUCCCAGGCAGGUUUCGACCUAUCUGAUCUCGCGGCAACGGGAACAGCGUUUUGACAUCGAUCACGAGACUGUUGAUGAACUUGAUGAAUUUGAGACGCGGUACGAUAUUCCUGCAGAGGGUCGCCUGAUAGUUAUCCGACCAGACUUGUACGUUGGCAUGGCAUGUAUCCCCGGUGAAUGGGAGAAGCUCAUCACCUACCUAUCGCAAUGGUACGGUGCUGGGGCUCAAUCUGCAAAUGGUGUGCUGAACUGA